UCGCUGUGACACGAAGCGGAAGUGAAGAGGAAGCGGUGCCAGUGUUGUUGUGUGAGCUGAGUGUGUGAGCUGCGGCAGCAACGAUGCCUUCAGUUCAGUAUCUGAGAGAGUUCAUCAACGAGCGACUAACUGCUGCUGCUGAACAAAUAUUCUUGGAGUUUGAAAAAACGAUCGUCCAGUACGAGGAAGAGAUCGACCGUCAGCGCAGACUGCUGGAUAUCACCUGGAAACCCCAAAUCAAGCUGCACAGGACAGACGUCCCACAGCAGCAGGUCUGUGAGGAAGAGGAGGAGGAGGUUCUCCCUGAGCAGCAGCUCUGGAACCAGGAGAGGAGCUCCAGUGUGGACCAGGAGGAACCAGAAGCUCCACAGAUUAAAGAGGAAGAGGAGGAACUGUGCAGCAGUCAGCAGGGAGAGCAGCUGGGACUGAAGGAGGAGACGGAUACCUUCAUGGUGACUGCUGCUGAGGAAGGAGAGCACAGUGAACCAGGAGGAGACGAGGAGCAGCUCCUCUGUCACAGCUCUGCUGGAGCCGAGAGUCAGGAUCAACGAGGAAACAAGGAUGGAGCGUCAGAACUCCCGCAUCACCAGAAUGUGAAGGAGGUUCUCCAAGAGCAGCAGUUCUGUAAUCCAGAGAGGAACCCCAGUCUGGGCCAGGAGGAACCACAAGGACAACUUUUGCUCGAGGACGGGACCAAUACCUUUAUGCUAACAGCUACUUGUGAGGAAAGUGACCACAGUGACUCAGAAACAGAUAGCGAGCAGCUCCUCUCUGACGACUCUCCUGAAACUGAAAGCAGAGAUCAAGAAACGAGCAAGCAAAAAGGGUCGGGGUUAACUGAAGAUGCAGGGUCAAAGCCAAAGAAGGGACGUCAGGGAAAGGAAACUUACCAGCUCAGCUUGCCGAUUUCAGUGAGCCAGUGUAAUGAGACUUUCAGUAUUUCCCGCGGAAAGAAGCAUCACAUGAUCCAAAACAAUGUGAAACUCUACGUGUGCAAAAUAUGUCGUAAAAUUUUCGUGAGAAGGUAUCACUUGUCUAUGCACAUGAGAAUCCACACAGGUGAAAAACCAUAUUGUUGUGAAACAUGUGGGAAACGUUUCAGUAUAAAACGCAGUUUGGCUCGCCACAUCACCGCUCACACAGGAGAGAAACCAUAUUGUUGUGAAACAUGUGGGAAAAGUUUCAGUGCUAAAAAUAGUUUGUCUUACCACAUCACCACUCACUCAGGCGAGAAACCAUAUUCAUGUGAAAUAUGCAGGAAAUGUUUCGGUCAAAGCAGUGCUCUGUAUCUUCACAAGAAAACCCACACAGGCGAGAAGCCGUAUCAUUGUGACAUCUGUGGGAAAAGUUUUCGUCAAGCUGGUCACUUGUCUCGCCACAAGAAAACUCACACUGGUGAGAAACCAUAUUCUUGUGAAACAUGUGGGAAAAGUUUCAGUCAAAGCAGUGUUCUGUGUGCGCACAAGAAAAUCCACACCGGGGAGAAACCUUAUCAUUGUGAAAUAUGUGGGAAAAACUUUAGUCAAAAAAGUCACUUGUCUCGGCACACAAAAACUCACACAGCUGAGAAGUUGUAGUCCGUUUGAAAGACUGCGUUCUUCUGUCGGUCAGUAAAAAUAAUGUUUCAGUAACAGGUGGAGUAGAGAGAGCUCAGAAGUGCCUUUACUUUGUCACAUUAUAUGUGGUUUGUCAAAUAACAUCAAUUCAAUUCAAUUUUAUUUAUAUAGCGCCAAAUCACAACAACAGUCGCCUCAAGGUGCUUUGUGUGUGUGAAUGUGUGGAUGACUGAAUGUGUAAAGCGCUUUGGGGUCCUUAGGGACUAAGUAUACAAAUACAGGCUGUUUAUUUACCAUUUUAAUGUUUUUGCUUCUUUUCCUCAUCACUCCAUCUUUGUGGAAAAGUCUUUCUUCCACUGUGUGUUUUGUUAGUAUUUGUAACUGUAGGAAAUUUGUAUUCUUUGUUUUUUAACCUUUCCUAAAGUUGUUUCAGGAUUUGGAGGUGAUACUAACAAAUUAGAAAAAAAUGUGGUUAACAUGAUGUGAAAGCUGUAUAAAUAAAGUUUUCUUCUAUAAUUUCUGGUUAUUCAACAUUUAAUUUUACAGACUGCAGAUUCUUGCCUGCCUUUCUCUCCACGAGUCUCCUGGAUAAAGGCCUAACAGAGCUGGACAGAAAGCGAGUGGACUUCUUUAAGUUUUACAUUUCAUCCACAAAGUUUCUUCAGUUCUAAAACCAAUUGGUGGAGAGUCCCAGGUAUUUAAAGCCCAAUGAGAGGGUCGCUGACCCACUAUUGAAAGUGUGAAAAAGGGUGUGGGCCAUCGUAAUCUGGAGAGGAAAUGGCGUGUCACAAAUUUAGAAGAUAAUAAUUUAGCCUGGAGAAAUAGUUUGCUGCUUUAUAAGAAAGCCCUCCGCAA